AUGCUCCAGUCGCUCUCGAUCCGGCCGCUGGUGCCCGUCAUGGGCGGCGACCCAUGCAGCCACUCGCGCCCCGAGCCAGUCGCCGACAUCCUCACCUCGCCCGACAGCCACAAGGGCAUCAACGCCACCGUGCACGUGUACUUCCGCCAGUCGGCCGACGAUCAAGCCCAGCCGCUGCAAGAGCGCACCCCGGACUACUCGUUCCGGUGCACGUUCGCGGAGCUCAAGAAGCUGCGCUCGCAGAUCCAGUCCAGCGUGGGCCGCGGCGGUCACUGCGCGCACUGCAAGCGCGUGGCGACCUACAUGGCCUACUGCUGGGAGCGUCCGCGGCUGCUGGCGCCGUCGUGGCAGGGCGGCAUGACCCUGCAGAUGGAGCCGCUGACGUCGUUCCUGAACCAGCUGCUCUGCUUCGCCGCCCAGCUCGGCGCCGAAGACCACCCGGAGUUCGCUGCUAUCAUGGCCCGUUUCAUGCAGCCGCGCGAUGAAGUAUAAGCCUCGCCUCGACUUGACAUUGGAUGACCGAUGCACGCCCGGCAAUUAGCUGACGCGCCACGUCCACGUAGGCCCAACCGACCGGGAGCAACACAGUUUUGCUGGACCGGAAUCGGACCGAGCGUA